CUUCCCGAGAGUAACGCCUCGGAACGCGAAAGCAAUCUAUUCUCCGCAUUGCGCAUCCGACGGUACCUGGCUUACGGACACGUCUCCGAACACUUGAUUCUAUAGCUAGUUACCUUUGAGCGAGGUAUCUUGCCUCGGCAUUCGUGUGCAAGUACCAUAAUUUGAGCUGCAUGGGUGCUGGAUGAACAGGUAGCAAAAGCGAGCACACGAUCACCACAAUGUCCUCAUCCCAGCGGUACCGUCGUCCUGCGAAAGACGAGCCUACAGACACGACUACAUCCUCGAUUCCACCAACCGCCACAGGCGCGAAAGAGAAAGCGGAGCUUAAGCAAGCCGUCAAAGAACAAGCUGUCGCAACAUCAAAUGGCGUAUCAAUGCUCGAUGUAUUGCGUAUCCUGGGUGGCGUGCUCCUACUGAGCUGUGGUCUGAGCUACCUGAGUACAAGCGGAGAGAGUAUGACAUGGGGAUACAACCCAUGGUGGACUCGAGCUCGAGAGUGGAAGAGCCUCAUGCAAGGAGAAGUCAUCCUAACCGACUCCGAACUUGCCCUAUACAACGGCGCCGAUCCCUCUAAACCAAUCUACCUUGCGCUAAACGGCACAAUCUACGACGUCUCCAUCUCGCCUACCACGUACGGGCCAGGCGGCUCCUACCAUUUCUUCGCAGGCAAAGACGCCGCGCGCGCCUUCCUGACCGGCUGUUUCGCCGAAGACAGCGUCCCUGAUCUACGCGGCGUAGAGCAAAUGUUCAUUCCCAUUGACCCAGAGGAAAAGGUCAGCCUGACACCACAAGAACGCGAGAUUGAGAUGGAGAAGGCGAGGAAGAGGAAGCCAUUGACCAAGGGUGAGCUAAAGAAUAGACAUGCGCAGGAGCUCAAGAGUGCUAGGAAACAAAUGGUCGCUGGUCUGGAGGGUUGGCAUAUGUUGUUCCGGGGUGACAAGGGCAAGCCGUAUCGGCGUGUGGGCCAUGUCAAGAGGGAACCGGGCUGGGAGAGCAAGAUGCCCAAGAGAGGACUCUGUGAACAGGCGGAGAAGGGUAGGCCGGUCAGGAAGUACGACUAA